UCUCUCUCUCUCUCUCUCUCUCUCUCUCUCUCUCUGUGUGUGUGUUCAAACAGAUAGAAAAAUGGAGAGGAGAAGAAGCUUGAGCUCGUCUUCAAUGGCGGCUCUGUUGUUGUUCAUCGUAACUCUAACGGCUUCAUCACCAUCCCUAGGUGUCGCUGCAACUCCAAAGCAAUCCUUCGAAGACAAUUUCAGCAUCAUGUGGUCUGAAGAUCACUUCAAGACAUCUGAAGAUGGCCAGAUCUGGUACCUCUCCCUCGACAAAGAAACCGGAUGUGGGUUUCAGACAAAGAACAGCUACAGAUUCGGAUGGUUCAGCAUGAAGCUUAAGCUUGUCGGCGGCGACUCUGCAGGCGUCGUCACCGCCUACUACAUGUGUUCGGAGAACGGAGCCGGGCCAGAGAGAGACGAGAUCGACUUCGAGUUUCUGGGGAACAGAACAGGACAACCUUAUAUCAUACAGACCAAUGUGUACAAGAACGGGACCGGCGGUCGGGAAAUGCGACAUCUUUUAUGGUUUGAUCCCACUGAAGAUUACCACACUUACUCCAUCCUUUGGAACAAUCACCAGCUCGUGUUCUUCGUGGACAGAGUUCCGAUCAGGGUUUACAAGAACAGUGACAAAGAGCCGAACAAUGACUUCUUCCCGAACCAGAAGCCGAUGUACUUGUUCUCCAGCAUCUGGAACGCCGACGACUGGGCGACGCGUGGCGGUCUGGAGAAGACUGACUGGAAAAAGGCUCCGUUCGUUUCGUCGUACAAGGACUUCUCGGUCGAGGGUUGCCGGUGGGAGGACCCAUACCCUGCGUGCGUCUCGACCACAACGGAUAACUGGUGGGAUCAGUAUGACGCGUGGCACUUGUCCAAGGAUCAGAAGAUGGAUUACGCUUGGGUGCAGCGUAAUCUCGUCGUAUAUGAUUAUUGCCGGGACCUGGAGAGGUACCCUAAGCUGCCAUGGGAGUGUAGCAUCAGUCCCUGGGCCUGAAGAAGAUGAAGAAGAAAAACCAAGAUGGGUUUUUCUAUUUAAAGCUCUGUUUUUUUUUUGUUGUUGUUGUUGUUUGGUGUUUAAUUAUUUAAUUAUUUAAUUAUUUGAUUUAUUUUCCAACCCAUCAGUCAGACAAAAGAUCAUGAGAAAGUCAAUGUUCAGAUCUGAUCCAUGAACUGAUUUGAUUCA